AUGGCUGCUUCUUCCACCAGUGAUGUCUUGCUUUACUUGCUCGCAAUCUUCAUCCCGCCACUCGCCGUUGUCCUCAAGCGAGGCUGCACAGCGGACUUUUUGAUUAACAUCCUGCUGACAAUAUUGGGCUGGAUUCCAGGUGUUAUCCAUGCUUGGUAUGUCAUCUCCAAGCACGAUCCUGCUGCCAUGUAG